AUCAGUCAUCAGAGUUAUCUUCAAGUCUCCACCUCCCUCUUUAAUUCCAUCAUCUUCCCCCCAUCCAACUCCCAUAGCCUUGUUUCCUCCAUAAAUAUUCAUUUCAUUACACACACUCUCUCUGUAUUCUUCACGACAUGCAAAGCUUCUCUUUAAUUUCAAAGUACACAUCUUUCCACACAAAAAAACAUGCCAAAUCUAUCCUCACCCUCAUUGUAUUUGUCGGUCAUCUUGGUCACCCUUUGUUUCUGCUGCACCGGUUCCAACGCCGGAAGCAGCAAUGAUUUUCUCGGAGCCGAGUGUUUGACUGUGCCAGCAGCCGAGUUUGCCGGCUCUCUAAGGACCGCCAUCGAUGCCGUAAGACAAGUGACGCCCAUCGUUUCUCAGUUCGGCAACCUUGUUGGUGAUUUUAGACUUUCGAAUGCCAUUUCGGAUUGCCUUGAUCUCCUGGAUAUUUCUACUGAUCAGCUAAGCUGGUCCCUCUCUGCUUCCAAGAAUCCAACCGGUAAGCAUAACAGCACCGGUGAUGUAUCUUCUGAUUUAAGGACAUGGUUGAGUGCUGCAAUGGCGAAUCAGCAAACAUGCAUGGAAGGGUUUGACGGUACAAAUGGCAUCGCCAAAACGGUUGUUUCCGUGGGUCUGAACCAAGUCACUUCACUGGUCACUAACCUUCUCACAAUGGUGAACCCAGGUCCUCCCAGUUCCAUGUCCUUCGCCGCCACUAAAGGUGGCCGGAAAAGUGUCAAGAGCAACAAGUUUCCGACAUGGUUCAAAACGGAAGACCGGAAGUUGUUGCAAUCAGCAAAUGGGGUAACGGCGGAUGCUGUGGUUGCAGCAGAUGGGACCGGAAACUUUGCCACCAUAAUGGAAGCCGUGACGGCGGCACCCGAUUACAGCAUGAACCGAUAUGUUAUUUAUGUUAAGAAGGGUUUGUAUAAAGAGAAUGUGGAAAUCAAGAAGAAGAAAUGGAACAUUGUGAUGAUUGGUGAUGGAAUGGAUGUGACAGUCAUAUCGGGGAACCGAAGCUUCAUUGAUGGUUGGACCACAUUUCGAUCUGCAACAUUUGCUGUUAGCGGAAGAGGAUUCAUAGCAAGGGACAUAACAUUCGAGAACACGGCAGGACCCAAGAAACACCAAGCCGUAGCACUGCGGUCCGAUUCCGACCUCUCGGUUUUCUUCCGAUGUGCCAUUAGGGGCUACCAAGAUUCACUCUACACUCACACGAUGCGUCAGUUCUUCCGCGAAUGCAAAAUCUCCGGCACCGUGGAUUUCAUAUUCGGCGACGCAGUCGUAGUGUUCCAAAACUGCCACAUCCUAGCCAAGCAAGGCCUACCCAACCAGAAAAACACGAUCACCGCACAGGGAAGGAAAGAUCCGAACCAGCCAACGGGUUUCUCAAUCCAGUUUUGCAACAUCACGGCCGACACCGAUCUGUUACCUAAUGUCAACUCGACUCCAACGUACCUCGGGAGACCCUGGAAGCUGUAUUCAAGAACCAUCAUCAUGCAAUCCUACAUCGGUAAUGCCAUAAGGCCACAAGGGUGGCUUGAAUGGAACCAAGAUUUUGCUUUGGACACAUUGUAUUAUGCCGAGUUCAUGAAUUUCGGCCCCGGAGCCGGUCUCGGUGGCAGGGUUCGAUGGCCCGGCUACCAUGCUUUGAAUAACUCAGCUGAAGCUGGGAGUUUUACGGUGGCUCAGUUCAUUGAAGGGAACUUGUGGUUGCCGUCGACUGGAGUUAAGUAUACUGCAGGACUGGUGGUAUAAUUAAGCAAUCAAUGGAAUUUCUUUUAUUUUUGUUGUGGUGUAACAUAAAGUUUGAUUUUAUUUUUUUGUUUAAUUUCUUUUCAAUUUUGAAAAUU